AUGCGGUCGAUUCACCUCCUCUCUUCUGUAUUUGGUAUCAGCCCCGUUCUGGCCUGGACCGAGCUCCACCAUGCGCCAUUCAUGAACAAGAAUAUCGAUGCCAUCGUUGCACCGGGCACGUACACCUCGCACAUGCAUACCUUCUUCGGUAGUGAUGCCAUCACCAACGUGCUGCCCACCUCUGCGGAACUUCAGCGGGGCUGCUAUAGCGGGGACAACCCAAAUGACCUCUCAGUCUACUGGGUGCCCACACUCUACUACGUUGAUGGCGACACCUUCACAGAGGUCGCUAUCUUCCGCUUCAGCACCUACUACACCAACAGCUACUCUGACAGCGCUAUCCCGCAAGACUUUGCCAUGAUCUCUGGCAACGCGUCAGCCCAUUCGCAAGCUGAGGCUGAUCAUCCUUACAAUGGUCUCGAGUGGUUCUGCGAGGGUUCUAGCGAACGCGAAUCGGAUAUCGCCAAACUUCCCACCAGCACCUGCGACCAGCACCUGCAGCUCAACCUUCUCUUUCCCCAGUGCUUCAACCCUGACGACCAUUCCGAGUACGACUUUGCAGACGAGUCCAAUACCUGUCCCGAGGGGAUGUUGCAGAUGCCGCAGCUUCGCUACCGCGUGCAGUAUGAUACCAAGUCUGUGGCCCCAGAUGGAUGGAGCGGGCCUGCGCCAUUUCAGCUCUCAUGCAGUGAUACUCCCGGUGAUGGGUACUGCUUCCACGCGGACUUUAUCAAUGGCUGGUUUGAGGACGCCGCGGAGAAUAUGCUCAUCAAUGGUGGUGGAGACUACGAAGAUGGUCAGUUUAUCUCGGGAGAGCAUGGCACUUCGGCGGUUAAGGCGACUUGCACGCCUACUGAUCAGGACCCGGAUAACGGCACCAGCGACUAUUAUACCAGUCUGGAGAUGAUGGACGAUGGCGCCGCUGCGGGGGAUGCGGUGGCUUCGGAUGCCACUGUUGCCACUGAGGAUGCUACGUCUACCUCUGUGGCCAUGGAGACUGUCAUGACGUUCGCUACGCAGGUGGCUAUACCUUCGACAGCAAUGGGGCCGUCCGCCUCGAUACAGGCUCAGGCACCUACUCAGCUCUUGCCUCUCCCGGUACCAACUGAAAGCGGGGUCAAUAGGGGGUGUCACCGAAAAUUCCGGCGAAACAUUGGCCAGAAGCUCAAGGAUGCCGCUGCGAAGCGCGUACUGGGUGCUUUGGACGCUCGCGAGUAG